GUCGCUCGGCCUUACGUAACGGGCUCACUACGGGGGCUGAGAAGGCGAGAAAUGUGGGCGCGGACGGUGAGGCUGGGCCUUCGGGCCCGGCUGGGCGGCUGCCGGGGCUUCACCUUCAAGGUAGAUCCUCAGGGAACUGGUCAGGUCACCGCCGAGUUGAUAGAACACCUGGAGCGUCUGGCGCUUGUGGACUUUGGUGGCCGCGAAGCCGUGGCGCGGCUGGAGAAAGCCAUCGCCUUUGCCGACCGGCUCCGUGGCGUGGACACAGACGGGGUGGAGCCCAUGGAGUCGGUACUGGAGGACAGAUGCCUUUACCUGAGAUCUGACAACGUGACAGAAGGCAACUGUGCUGAAGAACUACUACAGAACUCCCAUCGUGUCGUCGAGGAGUAUUUUGUGGCCCCUCCAGGUAAUAUCUCCUUGGCAAAGCUGAAUGAACAAGAACCCCCUCCACGUGGCUGAGGAGCAGUUCUGAGAAGGGAGUAUCCUGUGAACACCCAACACUCCCACUUCCUUCAAUCACCUGACAAAAAUAGACACAUUUUUCAAUAACUGAUUCUUCUGAAGGCAGAAUUGGGGAAGAGCUGACCAAAGGGAGGCAAUGGACUCUUGAUGCUCAUGGAGGUAAAGGGCCUUGUGAGCUUUGGAGGAACCAGAUCCCAGUGUUCACUUACAGACCUGUUCACUAUGGAAGACAGUCUCUCUUGCCUCCCCUGAAAAAAAGCUGUACACCAAACUUCACGUCAGUUUCUCCGUUCAUGUAACUGGUAGACAGAGCAUCUGGUCACUGUAUGACAACCUGAAUUAUCAUUUUUAGUUGCUGUUUUCUGUGACCAGAGCAGCAGCCUUAUCUCUAACAGUUCAUCUCAGAUUUAUUACUGUGUAUUCACUUGGUUCCAUGCAGAGGGCUCCUUGCUGAAGUGUGAGGACAGUUCAAAGUGGACUAUGGUGAUUAUAUGCAAAAGGGAUACUAGCCACACUUAAGAUUUUCUUUCUGAAAAGAGAAUUUAUGCCUGGGACAAAGGAGCCCCCCCAAUCUCCCUCACCCUUGCAGUGAUUACUGAACUGAAAUGAAUACAAGAUGGUGUGUGUGUGUUCAAAAAGGUCAGACACCAAAGACAAAUGAGACAGACCUAGGGGUAAAAGUGAAAGAGUUGGACCCCCCGCCUCCGCCCCCCAGCCCCCAGUCUACCAAAGUUGGUUUUGGCUAAGAAUUUCCAAAC